AUCAAUGACAUUAAAGUUGAGUACCAUCCACACAGCAAACAUCCUUCAACUAUACAUCACUUUUCUGAUUUUUCCCGUGAUCGCCCUUCAGAGGGUCAGGUACCUCGAAAAGACUCACCAUGGGAGCCCUUCCGGACGCGACUGGACUUCGAAAUCGCAGAG